CCCACUUCUCCAUUUCUUUCACUGGGUAGAAGACUUCCAGUCAAAGAGGGGGGCAAACAAGACUUGCUGUGCACUCUCUUCGAGAGGGGAAGAGUGCAACAAGGAGGGAUUCUGUCUUCCUAACGUCCUUUAACCUUGGUGUUAUCAGCCCAGGGGAAUUUGCAUUGGCCCCUCCACACUAAGAGGAUACACCGUGCCUCCUGCUGGGCUCAUCCACACUCUUCGGAGAUACUGGAAACAUGGCACAGAUUCAGAAAAAAACCUCAACUAUGUCCCUAACUAUAUCAUCAUGCUCCCGUGACACAUCCUCCUCCUCCUCCUCCUCCUCCUCUUCAUCAUCAUCAUCCUCUGCUACAAUACAGCAGAGGCACUCAAGUUUAGUACAGCCUGUCUGCAUUAGUCCUCAAAUGGUUCAGAACACAAACCAGGGUUCAGGGAAUCCCGGAGUGUCUCCAACUUUUGUCAAGUGUCUUCAUGACGUGAGUACAGUGAAGGGGCAGCUGGUGGUCCUGGAGUGCAGGAUCAGAGGAACUCCUCCGCUGCAGAUCUCCUGGUUCAGAGAGAACGAGCAGAUCAUCGACUCGGCAGACUUCCGGAUCCUUAGAAAGAAGGCAAGUUCAGCUUCUGUUCCUGAGGAAUUGUGCACCCUCGUGAUCACAGAGGCGUAUCCAGAAGAUUCUGGAAUAUUUAAAUGCACAGCAUCAAAUCAGUUUGGAACAGUAACAUGCAGUGCUAUUCUUGAAGUAUAUACAGACCUAGAGGAGGUUUUGGGAGCGGAGGAUGAGCCUUCCUCUCUAAGCUCAGCUGGACUAGAGCCGGAUGACCAGCCCUUGUUACUACAAGACACACUAAUUCCUCCUCCAGAAUGGCCUGACAGCUCUGAGGAAGAGACUGCUGCCCCUGUAGCACGGGAGUCUCUUGUGGACACAGAGAGCAAACAGGGUUCUGCCAGUCAGGUGACUGAAGCUGCUGAGCUCUCCUCAAUGAGCAAACUUGAUCCUCCAGCAAAGGGGGUUAAAAACAGUGUCCCACAUCCAUUCCUUCCCACCAGCAAGCUGAGUAAACCAGUGGAGCCCAGAGGCAGUGCCAUGAACGUGGCUGACCUGCCCACCUUCUCGCCAUCGCUGUACCCACCCAGUGCCUUUAAUUAUGAGCGCCCUCGCCAUUUCAUCCAGUCCCUGCCCAGUUUCCACACACCCGACACUGAGAUCAGCAAACCCAACAGCCUCAGUCCCCCAGCUUCAACUGCUGCACCAUUAGUGAGUCCUCCUCAGCCUGGACCCACUCGAACAUCAAUGUGUUCAAGCAUGACUUUGAUUCCUAAACCACAGAGCUCUCCAAACAAUGAGAAACUAUCAUCAGCAGCUUUCCUCUCAUCUGUCCUGCCUUCACUACCGAGCUCCCAGGCCAAAUGCAUAUCCAUACCUCAAUCUCCAUAUCCCCGGUGCUCCCCUAGAUCACCCAGCCCAACACCAAAGGCCCAAGAACAGCCUCUGUCUCCUCCACGUCAGUCGCUGAAUCAUGCUCCUGCAACUGUCCCAUGCCCGAAAACAUCUGCUCCACCUCUACAGCCCCCACCUGUGUCUCACAUGAGCUACACAUCCAACACCUUGCCAAAGCCAAUCUUGAAGAAGACUGUUUCCCGACCAGCGUCUCGUGCCACAGAUGAAGAGAUUCAGGGCACAAAAGAUGCUCUUAUCCAGGACCUUGAAAAGAAGCUACGGAACAAAGCUCCCCAACAAAGGAACAUUCAGAAGAUGUCAUAUGAGGAGCGGAUGGCGAGAAGAUUGUUGGGAGCAGAUAAUGCCGCCUCAGUAUUUGAUCUUGAAAAUGCAUUAAUUUCACAGCCUGCACAGCCAGGCUCUCCAGAAGGUCUCCAGCCUGAAGGAAUAUGGUCCAGAAAGAAUCGUCCCGGAGGGGACAGUGCAGAGGCAUCAACCAUCCAAGAGAAGUGUUUUGCUCCUCGUUUUAUACAAGUGCCGCAAGAUCUUACUGUUGAAGAGGGACGAUUCUGCAGGAUUGAUUUUAAGGUUGUAGGUUUGCCAACGCCAGAUAUUUUUUGGUAUCUGGAUGGGCAACUCAUCCGACCUGAUGAUUACCAUAAGAUGCUGGUGUGUGAGAAAAGCGUCCACUCCUUCAUUAUUGAAGUCGUGACCAUUCAUCAUGCAGGUGUAUAUGAAUGUGUAGCGAAGAACCGUGCCGGAGAGAGCCACUUCUCUCUGCGCCUGGAUGUGAUUGCUCAGGAGCAGUUGUGUCCUCCCACAUUUGUGGUGAAGAUGAGGAAUUCUCGGGUUCUUGAGGGUGAUGCUGUGCGGUUAGAGUGUAAGGUGGCGGCUUCUCCAACACCUCAGCUCUACUGGAAGAAAGACAAGGAAAUGCUUCGAAUCGACCCCAUGAGAAUGAGUCUUUCUCAGGACGAUUCAGGAAAGCAGUGUUUGGUCAUUGAUCCAGUGAUAAAGUCUGAUGCGGGCUGGUACACUGUAUCUGCCAUUAAUGAAGCAGGCAUGUCCACAUGCAACUCCAGGCUAGACGUGGGCACUCGACUGAAUAAGUCUACCCCUCCAGUCAGGACGCUGAGGAGUCUUCCCAUCUUGAGCCAGUUUUCCACAUUGAGCACAGAGCCCGUUCCUCAUCACACUGCCCCACUAUAUGAGAGCGAAGAACUGUAGACACUCGUCUGAGUCAUGCAGCUUUCAUGUCGACAUCUGAUAUUAUUAUGCAGUAUUUAUGUAGUAUAUUUCUCUGUAAAUGAGCCAGUUAAGCAGUUUAGCCAGUGCCGCUGAUGUUUGCCAUUCCAGCAGAAUCAACACGCUCUCAUGGUUGAUUUGGUUGGAAAUGGAUAACCAGUCUCAUGUAAAGCUGCAUAUUUAUGACACCCAGUACAAGAGAAAAAAAAUGUAUCUUAGUUUGUUAGUUUUGCAUAAACUAGACUAAUGCUUUGAUUGCUGUAUGCACUGUGGAAGCUCAAUAUGUGUGCAGUGUCUUCACUGAUACACUCGGAAAAUACAUAAUGAUCUUAUAUGUACUGAAGAUGAUAUUUGUUGGAAUUUUUGCUACUAGUACAAAGAAUUUGGUCAAAUGUAUUGAUUACAGUCCUGAACACAGAUGUCAUGUGUUAAAUAUGAUGAACAUUUGAGUAAAGAUCUUUGUGAAAACAGAUUUAUCUCUAAGUAUUUUUCCCUGUCAUGACACACUCUCACAUGACAAUAUCAAAUAUAUCAAAAACCUGCCAAAGAA